UCGUUUCGUUACAAGUUUUUUUUGGUCUCAAAUUUUUACCGUUUAAGCGAAGCUAUGUUUCAUAAAUCAAUAAAGAUAUUGCCUAUUUAAAUGCGAUACUGUUAGAAUAAGGUUUGGCUACUGCUUCAAAAUUUCUCGUCAAUUGCAGCAACAAGAGUUGGCUGCAUAAAAACCAAAUAAAAAAGUAUCAAAUCUGAAACAUAGCACCAGACACCUACAGCUCGAGAUAGGAAGAUCAAUUAACGAAGCAAGCCCAUCCACAUCCCAAACAUAAAUCCAAACAACAACAACAACAAUAACAGAGACAGCAACAUCAUGAGCCAGGCGUCCUCGAGUGCAUUCAAUACACACCGUAAUCGGUAUUAUAAUCCUGUCUCCCGGAUACAGUCGUUGAUACAAAAUCUGGAUGCGGAACUGAUAACACUAUGCAAGCAAUGCUCGCUGCCAAAGAAUGUCGCCAGCAAUAGCCAAAACGGUCUCAUAUCGCAACAAUCGGGCAGCCAGCAUCAGACGAGCGGUAAUAAUCUAUUGGCCCAGGCGCGCUCCACGACCCAAUCCGCGACUGCAACGGCCGGCUUGGCGCCGGAUGCGCAUAAGCGUCAAUUGCGUAAUACCUAUCGGACGCGUGUUAUCGAUGCCUAUCGAAAUCGCCGCAUAUUUACCGUUUAUGGCAACUAUCAUACGGUUAGGCGAGCGCUUGUCCGCCGCGGCUGGCUGGAGAAAUUGCCGGCUACUCGGCAUGCCAAGCUGCAGACCAUGUCGGAGGAUUCACUGCUGGAGCAUGCGCGACGCGGCAAUGAUUAUGAAGCAGUUGUCAUAUCGAAAAUGAUCAACAAUUUUCCAUCGUUCUUCAUUUGGCAGAGUAAGGCACAGAGGGAUUUAUUCCCGGAGGUGAAGCCAUAUCGUAAUCGGGUGAGACGCAGUCAAUUGCUUGACUUCUCCACCAAGGUGGGCCUGGUCGGUUGCGCCGAGCAGGAGCGCUGGUUUCGUGAGGACGGCGUGUGCGGCAUGAGCUAUCCACGCUUCUAUCGAUUGGGCGCCAAUAGCAUGGAGGAGCGUGCGGCGUUCAUUGAGGAUUUCCACCAGACACAGGCGCGCUCUUUGCUACGCUACCUUAAGGAGCACCGUCCUGCCGAUAUGGUGGACCCUGAACAUGGCGCCGUGCUGAGCAUUACGAUUGACUUUGCCCUGAAUAAAGUGAAGAACAUGAUCAGACAGAAGGAGCAUUAUUCUCUAGAUGAUGCGCGCAUCAAAUUGCCAACGCCCACUGAAAUGAUCGAGAAUCAAUCGUUCAUGGUUCAGUCGACCAAGGUGCUCCACGCGCAUGCCAGGUUCAAGGUCAACGAGAAGGUGAUGGCGGAGUAUGCGCGCCUCGCUGCUCAAUAUCUCGAUGAGAUUGAGUCGCUCCGUCAGGAUUAUUGCUGGGAUGGCUGUCGCAAUUUGUGGAUACUAAAGCCUGGUUAUCAAUCGCGUGGCAUCGGGAUCGUCAUACGUAGCUCUCUGGAUGAGAUUUUGCAAUGGACAUCUAACAAUCAGAACCGAAAAUAUAUUGUACAAAAGUAUAUUGAACGUCCAUAUCUCGUUUAUCGCACCAAGUUCGAUAUUCGUCAAUAUAUGCUGCUUACCAUAAGCGACUCUCAGGUGACAAUUUGGACAUAUCGCGAUUGUUAUUUGCGCUUUAGCUCCCAGGAGUUUACGAUGGAUGAUCUGCGCGAAUCGAUACACUUAACCAACAAUUCGGUGCAGAAGCGCUACAAGAACAAAGUGAAUCGUGAUUCGCGUUUACCGAAAAACAAUAUGUGGUCAUUGGAUCAAUUUAAAUGCCAUUUACGUCAUGUGGGCGCACCGGAAGGGACAUGGUCAAAAGUUUACAAUGGGAUCAAACAGAAUCUGGUGGCUGUUGUUUUGGCCAGCCUGGACGAGACGGAGUUGGUGCCAAAUGCAUUCGAAUUAUAUGGCUGCGAUUUUAUGUUGGACGAGCAUUAUAAUCCCAUACUGAUUGAGAUCAAUUCGACGCCCGAUCUAUCCGCUUCCACAGAGAUAACAGCGAGAAUCUGUCCAUUGGCGCUAAAGGACUGCAUACGUGUGGUAUUGGAUGUGCCGAGGAAUCCCUUGGCCGCAACCGGCCUGUUCGAGCGCGCUUUUCAAGUUAAUUACAAUGUCAACAAGGAGGUCGACGGUACCAGACCUCUAGAGCUAAACGGUACGCAAAUGAAACUGUUCCAAUCGAUGCCAAAGCUACGGAAUAGUCCACGGACUCGCCUGCUGCGCAAAAUACUGAACAAUGUCAGAACAACGACUAGUCGUAAGUUGGGUAAGGAAAAAGUUAAAACUUCAUCGUUGCCGACCAAGGUGAUUGUGGGAAAAAUGGGAAUGAAGAAACUGACCAAAGCGAAUUCGAGGGUUAUUCACGUGGGCAACAAAACACUAUUGAAUUCAAAAGCGCGCGAGAAUCUAGCAUUACAAUAUACGGCACCCAAAUGACAACAUCUGCAUCAGGCAACUUGUACAUAGACCCAAGCUUGGCAACCAUCUAAACUGCUAACAAUCGACUAAUAACUUGUUAUUCCAUUCAUUGAACGGCUUUUUACAGCUAUCGAUCGUUAAAGUCGCCAACAAAUUAGCAAAUUAGUACAUUUUCAACUAGACUCUCAAACAAUAAGUAAACGAUUUUUUUUCAGAACAAAUCAAAAAACAUAUCAUUGUUUUGUCAAACUCUAUAGAAUAAAGGUAUAUAUGAAACUUAAAAAAAUAAA